AUGGACUUACUUGAACAACAAUUGAAUCAGUUCACGCAGCAUCAAAUCACUAAACCACUGGGCGGAGCAUACUCAGACUCCGCAGGGGGACUGCGCGACAGAGACGGUGAAACCCACCUCGGCCAGUCUCUAACGAAAUGGAAGAGGCAAACAGCAGUAGGUCUAGAGCUGCUAGCUGAGGCUGGUAACUACGCGGCAUUCCAACGUCUUUAUGGUGGCUACUGGGCCGGAGUACCCGCGUACCCUGCGCAGCCGGCGCCCACAGCUGACCUGUACUAUCGGCAAGCAGCCGCCACUGCCGCUGCCGCUGCUUCAGCAUCAGCUAAUACACUACAAAAGCCGCUGCCUUAUCGGUUAUAUCCUGGCGCACCUUUAGGGGGAGUUCCACCCUUAGGACUUGGAAUACCUGGUCCAUCCGCUCACCUGGGGUCUCUAGGUGGCCCAGCGCUAGGUGCUUUAGGAUAUUACGCUCAGGCCCGACGAACUCCCUCCCCGGAUGUCGAUCCUGGAAGCCCAGCGCCUCUCCCGCGAUCUCCCAGAGAACCAUCAGUCGAAAGACGUUCAGAUGACGAUGAAGAUGACGAACCGAUCCACGUCUAA